AAUAUAUAUUUAUACACACAACAUAGUUAUUUGCAAAUAUAAAGAGGAACAUAGUAAAUAAAUUCGAAAAAGAAAAAAUGGCUAAUUCUGUAAUUGAAACUGCUUUUCCCACAAGCUCUUUGGUUCCGAAGGCUGAAACUGGAAUAACCAAUUUUUUGCAAAAAUACCCUGACUUCGACGGGCGGGAUGUUAUUAUUGCAAUAUUUGAUUCUGGAGUUGACCCUAGAGCUGCCGGACUUCAGGAAGUACAUGAUGGUUCUGUCAAAGUCAUUGAACGCUUUGACUGUUCAGGAUGUGGGGAUGUGGAUUGUUCAAAAAAAGUGACUGAGAAUUCAGAUGGCACUAUCACUGGCUUAUCUGGAAGAACUCUUAAGAUUAGUCCUGAAAUGAAAUCUAGAAAUGUAAAUGGAAAUGAAUAUCAUGUUGGAAUGAAAAGUUGGUAUGAUUUAUACCCAUCUGGGGUCCGCGAUAAAGUUCAAGCUAAGUACAAAACUGAAAAAUGGGAUCCAAUUCAUAAAACAGCUGUUGCUAACACUCUUAGGGAAAUACAAAAUUUAGAAACACAAAAUUCUGAUGCACAAAAAUUUAAUGAUAAGUUGAAAAAGGAAGACCUAGAUCAAUCGCUUGAAUGCUUGAAUUUUUAUGAAAAAAAAGUAAUGGAAGUACGCACAACGUAUGACUGUGUUCUAUAUCAGACUGAACGUGGCUGGGAAGCUGUCAUAGAUACAACUGAAGAGGGUGAGUUGGAAAAAGCAAUUGUGAUAGGCGAAUACUCGAAAACCCAUGAGUUGAAGAAUUUAAACGAAUACAUGUCUAUUUCGAUUAACGUUCAUGAUGAAGGAAACAUUUUGGAAAUGGUUGGAUUAUGCACCAGUCAUGGAACACAUGUGGCUUCAAUCGCCUCUGGAAAUCAUUCUAAUAAAGAAUUAGAUGGUGUAGCACCGAAUGCGAAAAUUGUUUCAUUGACCAUUGGUGAUGGUCGUCUUGGUAGUAUGGAAACUGGUACUGGGUUGGUACGUGCAAUAACAAAAGUUAUGGAACUAUGUAAUUCUGGUGUAAAAAUUGAUGUUAUCAACAUGAGUUAUGGUGAAUUCUCACACUGGUCAAAUGCUGGUCGAAUUGGAGAAUUAAUGGCGGAAGUUGUUAAUAAAUAUGGUGUGGUAUGGGUUGCAUCGGCUGGAAACCAUGGACCAGCAUUAUGUACAAUUGGUACACCACCGGAUUUAAGUCAACCAUUAUGUGUCGGUGUUGGUGCAUAUGUAUCUCCACAAAUGAUGGAAGCAGAACAUGCAAUGCGUGAAAAAUUACCAGCUAAUGUGUACACAUGGACGUCGCGUGAUCCUUGUAUUGAUGGUGGUCAAGGUGUUACAAUAUGUGCACCAGGGGCAGCAAUUACAUCUGUACCUGAAUUUACCAUGAUGAAAUCUCAGUUGAUGAAUGGUACCAGUAUGGCCGCUCCACAUGUAGCUGGCGCUAUUGCUCUACUAAUAUCAGGGCUGAAACAAAAAAAUAUAAAGUAUUCGUCAUAUAGUAUUAAGAGAUCUCUUAGUAUAACAGCCACUCAUUUAGACCAUGUUGAUAAGUUUGCUCAAGGGAAUGGUUUGCUUAAUGUUGAAAAGGCUUUCGAACAUUUGGUGCAAUAUAAAACCGAAUCAGAAAAUAUGGUUAGAUUUCAAAUUACUAAUGGUGCUUCAGGAAAAGGCAUACUAUUGAGAAGAGGUCAACUCAAAAAAUCAGUAGAGUAUUUGAUGUCAAUUGAACCAGUAUUUGCAAAUGACAAAGAAACGGCCGCACAAGAUAAAAUUAGCUUUAAUCUCCGUAUAGCUGUGAUUGCUUCCGAACCAUGGGUUAAAUGUGCAAAAUUUUUAGAUUUAUGUUACUCAAUGCGCAAAUUUGAUGUAGAAAUUGAUCCAGUUAAUUUACUUCCAGGUGUUCAUACAGCCAAGAUUCGGGGCUAUGAUUCAAAUUGUAUAGAAAAAGGAGCACUUUUUGAAAUACCGGUUACUGUUAUUCAACCUUUCACUGUUGAUAUUGAAGUAUCUCGUUGCUUUAAUAAUCCACAAUACAAUGGAAUAAAAGAAUUCAAACCUAAUACAAUACAAAGGGAUUUUAUUUUGGUGCCAAAUCGUGCAACAUGGGCUGUGUUAAGAAUGUGUUCAGUAGGGAAUAAAGAGAAACAGGUAGAUAAAUUUUAUGUGCAUACAGUGCAAAUUCUUUCACAAAGAUAUGUUAAGCAUCUGGAGACACAAAAACUACUUCCAGUUCGAAAUGAAAGUGAAACGAUACACGCUUUUAAAGUGGAGGAAAAUAAUAUUCUUGAACUUUGUAUAGCAAAAUAUUGGUCAAAUUAUGGUGAAACACAACUUAAAUAUUCACUUGAAUUCCAUGGAAUAUCAAUAAUUUCGCCCAGCGCAAAUACAAUGAUAGCAGCAAAUGGUAUUCAUCGCAUUGAUACAACUGGCUUAACAACAGAAGAAAUAUCACCAAAUUUACAAUUUAAAACCGCUACACAAAUUUUAAAACCAAUUGAAACAAAAAUAUCACCUUUAAGUCAGAAACGUGAUGUUAUUCCAUCUGGUAGACAAAUAUACCAAAAUCUUUUAGUAUAUAAUUUACAUGUAACAAAAGCUCAAGAAAUUGCUUUACAUGCUCCAAUUUUAUCGACCGUCCUUUAUGAAUCGGAAUUUGAAUCACAAUUUUGGAUGUUAUUUGAUUCAAAUAAAAUGAUGAUUGCAAAUGGUGAUGCUUAUUCUAAUUCAACAUAUCAUAAAUUAGAGAAAGGUGAUUAUACAAUACGCUUACAAGUGCGCCAUGAAAAAAAAGAAUUGUUAGAGAAAAUUCAAGAAAUUAAUAUGUUAGCUAUAUUCAAAUUGUCUAAUGCUAUUAAUAUGGAUUUCUAUGAUCAUUAUAAUCAAGCUGUUGUAUAUGGAAAGAAAGCAUCAACAAGUUCACCACCAUUAAAAGCAGAUAUUGUGAAAACACAUUAUUUAGCCCCAUUACAGACCGAACGUUUACAGAAGGCUGGUUUACCAAUACCAUGCUCUUGGCUGAAUGGUACAUUAACUUUUGUUAAAGAUGAAUACGGUCGAAAAGUUGAUACACAAUCAUUUAAAUAUAUAUUACCGGAUGGAAUGCCAACAGCAGCAAAAAAAAGUAAUGGUAAUAGCAAUUCCUGUAGCACUAAUAAUACAAGCACUAGUAACAAUAACAGCAACAGUAAUACUAGUUCAAACAAUAACAAUGCGAAUAAUUUGAAAAGCAACAAUAACACUGAUAAGGAUAACACUGCCUGUUCCACGAAUACGACAUCGCCUAACAAUAAUAAUGGAAAUAAUGGUAAUUCUAAUACUUCGGAUGGAGGAAAUAGUGAUGCUAGCCAAAAAAAAAGUAAAACUAAAGCCGAUGAAUACAAGGAUAAUUUGAGAGAUUUUCUAUGUUCUCAAAUUACAAAAGUUGAUCUUGAACAAGCUGAAGAAAUUUACAAUGAAGUUUUAAAAAAUCAUCCAAAAUAUUUACCAGUUCAUACAGUGUUUAUGCAAAGUCUUGAAGUUGCAACAGAAUAUAAAUCGAAUUUACCAAUGACAUUUCAUAAGAGUAUGAAAAAUGUUUCAACAGAUGAUGGUAGUUCCAGUGAUGUGAAAAAAUUAAUUGAACACUGCAAAAAAAUUAUUGAAUGUGCAAAUAAAGUUAUAACUGAAACUGAUACGAAUGCAUUAUUGAUUUAUUAUGGCAUGAAGACUGAUAUGAGACCGGAUGCUGCUAAAAUCAAAACAAAUAUGGAUAAACAAAAGACAACUUUAUUGGAUGCAUUAGUUAAAAAAGGUGUCUAUACAUGUAAGCAAAUGAUCCUUGAAAAGACUCCAUCAAAUUUAUUGGACAUUAAUUCAACAAUUAAUACAAUCUUUACGCCCGAACAAUUGGAUUCUAUUGAUAAUAUUUACAUGGAAAUUAGUAAAUUCAUUGAUAUGAACGAUUCAAAGGUAUGUAAUUUCACUGCAUGGCAUGGUUAUAUAAACUUACGUUUUGGUAAUAUGAUGAAGAUUAUACAAAAAAUGUAUGAUGAUAAACUAAAUCGUGAAUAUUUGGAAGAAUUGUGUUCAAUUUCGGAGUCCAAAAAAUGGAAUCAUAUUGUUGAUAUAUUAAAGAAGACAAUAAUUUCAGCAAAUCCAAAUGGAUACCGGCCAUUUUAAAAAAAAUUAAAAUUACAUGCAUAUUAUAUCUAUACAAUUUAAAUAUGAAACAUUUAAAAUAAAAACUGAUAAUAUAAUUUAAAAAUUAAAAAUAAGAAUCAUUUAUAUGGAUAAUAUUAAAAAUAUAUUAAAUUACUUUUUUAUUUCAAAAAAAAAAAAAAAAAAAAUUAAAAAUUUUUACAAUUAAUAUUUAAAGCAAAGUAUGAUUUUAAACGUUUAUAAUUAAAAAAAUUAAAAAUUCAAUUGUAAUCAAAGUGUAAUAAAUUGCAAAAA